AUGGCCAACCCCCGCAUUGAAGAGCUCCCCGACGAGCCCGAGAAGAAGAACGUUCAGAUCGAGGAGGAUGAGUCGAGCGACGAGUCUGAGGGCGAGGAGGGCGAGGUCAGCGUGCCCGCGGGCUCCUCCGUCGCUGUCCACUCCCGCAACGAGAAGAAGGCUCGCAAGGCCAUCGCCAAGCUCGGCCUGAAGCACAUCGACGGCAUCACACGCGUCACCCUCCGCCGACCGAAGAACAUCCUCUUCGUCAUCAACCAGCCCGACGUCUACAAGUCCCCUUCAAGCAACACCUGGAUCAUCUUCGGUGAGGCCAAGAUCGAGGACCUCAACUCCCAGGCUCAGGCUUCCGCCGCCCAGCAGCUUGCUCAGGCCGAGGCCGCAUCCCACGACCACGCCGGCCACGACCACGGCGACGAGGCCAGCAAGGGCAAGGGCAAGGCCGUCGAGGACAAGAAGGACGAGGAGGAGGAGGAUGACGAUGAGGAGAUUGACGACUCUGGCCUUGAGGCCAAGGACAUCGAGCUCGUCAUGCAGCAGGCCAGCGUUUCGCGGAAGAAGGCUGUCAAGGCCCUCAAGGAGAACGACAACGAUAUCGUAAACUCCAUCAUGGCGCUGAGCAUAUAG